CUCGCUCAUCACGCUUGUUUCCUGGUCGUUGCUAACAACCUGCUGCCUGCAACUUCGCCUGUCCACAGUCUACUCGUGCACUGACGGUUUCCAGCUGUGGUGUGUGUGAAAUGUGCGCGAGGAUGAAGCCGUGUGGACGCUGAGUGCGGUUUGACGCUCAGCUCCGUGCUGGCUGCACGGUGCUCCGUGUCUCUCUGCCUGCUGCUUUCUGACGCUUGGGGGUUUGCAGUCUGGCCUCCAGCGGCCGCGGCUGCGAAUUAACUUCAUUUCUCAGCGUCGCCUUGCUCUUAAAUCAUGUUUAUUUUAUAAAGAUGGCGGUGAGAGGGACACUGUAAACUAAAUGACUGUCAGAAACAUCGCCUCCAUCUGUAAUAUGGGCACCAAUGCCUCUGCUCUGGAGAAAGACAUCGGCCCGGAGCAAUUCCCAAUCAAUGAACACUACUUCGGAUUGGUCAACUUUGGAAACACAUGUUACUGUAACUCAGUGCUCCAGGCCCUCUACUUCUGCCGGCCUUUCCGGGAGAACGUGCUGGCUUACAAAGCCCAGCAGAAGAAGAAGGAGAACCUGCUCACAUGUCUGGCCGACCUCUUCCACUCCAUUGCCACACAGAAGAAAAAAGUGGGCGUCAUCCCGCCCAAGAAGUUCAUCUCGCGGCUACGGAAAGAGAACGAUCUGUUCGACAACUACAUGCAACAGGAUGCCCACGAAUUCCUCAACUACCUGCUGAACACAGUGGCCGACAUCCUGCAAGAGGAGAAGAAGCAGGAAAAGCAGAACGGACGCCUCAAGAACAACGGCACCGCCGUCACCACGGAGACCGAGACGGAGAACAAGACAGAGCCAACAUGGGUUCACGACAUCUUCCAAGGCACACUGACCAAUGAGACACGCUGCCUCAACUGUGAAACGGUGAGCAGCAAAGAUGAAGAUUUUCUGGAUCUUUCUGUGGAUGUGGAGCAGAACACAUCAAUAACACACUGUCUCAGGGACUUCAGCAACACAGAGACUUUGUGCAGUGAAUACAAAUACUACUGUGAGACAUGCUGCAGCAAGCAGGAAGCACAGAAGCGGAUGCGUGUGAAGAAGCUUCCCAUGAUCCUGGCACUACACCUCAAGAGGUUCAAGUACAUGGAGCAGCUGCACCGCUACACCAAGCUGUCCUAUCGAGUAGUUUUCCCCCUAGAACUCCGCCUGUUCAACACGUCCGGGGAUGCAGUUAACCUGGACCGCAUGUACGAUUUGGUGGCUGUGGUGGUUCACUGUGGCAGUGGCCCCAAUAGAGGUCAUUACAUCACCAUAGUGAAGAGUCACGGCUUCUGGCUGUUAUUCGAUGAUGACAUUGUAGAGAAAAUUGACGCCCAGGCCAUCGAGGAGUUUUAUGGGCUUACCUCAGACAUCUCGAAGAACUCUGAGUCAGGAUACAUCCUCUUCUACCAGUCCAGGGAGUGACUGGAGCUGGAUCAGUGACACAGGAGAAGACCUAAUUGGAUGAGACCUGUGUUUUUUUAUUUAUUUUUUUACCUUCAGCCUGACAGACCCAGACUCCUGCCAUCUCCAUCCCAACCUGCUCCCAUACUCCCAAGUCAGACCUCUGUGACACUUGUGCCAAUCCUCUGUCCCAACUCCAACAUCAGGGUUUACCCAUGUGUCUCUCUCUGUCUCUCAGUAAUUUGCUUCUUGCCUUUUAGUCACCUGCAUCUGGUCUGCACUUUAGAACAAAAGCAAAACUGUUCAAAACAGCACGACAGAAACAAAACGGAGUCUAUAAUCACAUCAAGCCCCACACGUUUUGGUGUAGACAGGUGUGAGAAGCCUGCAGAGGCGAUUCUCUACCAGGGACAUGACGGGGUAAAAGGGUCUUGUGCACACACAGACUGUUGUCAGAAACUGUACUAUAUCAUUUAUAUGUAUAUAAGGUCUACUUCCCACGAUGUGUCACCCCUUCAUAUUUCCUUUAAUUAGGGCUAUUGUCCCCCAUCACUGUUCAGUCCUUUGAUGUGUUCACGUCACUGGUGGAUGCAUGAGAAGUGAAUGAAGUUGGAGACAAACACCGUAUAAUACGCAUAGAGAGAUUUCAUGCUUUUCCAGUGGAAGCAAUAUCUGAGCAUUGAUUAGAGAGGAGCCACACUCUGGAAACUACCUAAACUUAAACUGUUGAGCGUAUAGAGGUUGUUUUGUCCCAUAGAGAAUCACUCUGUGAGCUGCUGUCUGUCCGCUGUGACAACUCAUGUUCGUCUAACCAGAUAUGAUCAAUACUUUAUCAUUUAAUGCAAAUGAGCCAAAAGCGCUAACACUACACAUGAAAGGAAAUCCUGCACUUUUCUCUUUCAAAUGGAUCGGCAUUCAAAUCAGCUGAAUCUUAUUCUGAUAGAACCACCCCUUAUUUAUUGAACGUACCAUAUUUAUUACUGAAAUUUGUAAUGCAGACUGGUAGAUAAUGAAUGUGUGUGUGUGUGUGUGUGUGUGUGUGUGUGUGUAAUGUGGCUCUUUUUAGAGCUUUGUGUGUUAAACCCCUUAUGUCUAAGCUCUCAGUGUGGAGGACAUGGUGUAUGUAAUACACAACUUGAUAUGGCAGCGAAAAUUUGUCUAAAAAUUUAGUUUUGUCAGUUUCAAUUUGUAGUUUGCAUGUUAGAUACAGAAUAAUACGAUGCAAGUGAGACACAAUUCAGUACUGCCCAGUCGUUUAAUGAAAUGGUGCAAUAAGAGGUAAAGUUAUCAGUUUAAUUUCCCAGUGAGACUAAUAUGAAGUAUAUUUAAAUGUUAGUAGUAGAUAUGUUUCUUAGCAGCUGAUCUUUUCCCAGUGCUGUGUGCUUGUGAUAUUAAAGUAAAUGCCCCCCUUUACCACGUGCAAUUCACACUACCUCCUGGGAAGUUGGCUACAAUGUUUCAUCUUUUUUGUAACCUUACAUGGCAAUGUCUCUUUUUUUUCAUUCCCAUGUUGAAGUACAGCUUAGGAGUUUUCUCUUGGCUUUGACAACGUAAAUUGUUUGUGUCAUAUGUAGCACUUUGGAAUCCUAAAUCCCAUGGACUUAAAAUGCAAGCUUAACUGUUAAUUCAUAUCCCUUGUAAUGUAGAUGUUUUUCCUCUGUGGCCCAUUCCCCAGGGUUUGUGGCCGUGCCCUGUCGAAUAGUGCAACAUCAAAAAACAUGUUUUCAAGUGAAUGACAUUUCCUAUUUGUUGCACAUCGUAGGAAUUACCAUUUCAAACACAUCUCAUUCUAAAUAAGAGGUAGGAAUAGGAUUAUUUUGCUAGCUUAGUGUCUGUGUCUUUUCAGGAGAGGCAGAAUUUAAAGUGAAAAUAGUGAAACCGGGUGUUGAAUGCACUUUUUUAUGUUGUCUCUUCCAUUUAGUCUGUUACUGGGUGAAGUCACAAGGAAUACGUGCCAAACUGGAGUCUAUACUGACCUUGCAACAGUCUUUAACAGAACAUUAUUUUCUUUGUAAAGAUACAACUGUACAUAUAUAUUAUGUAGAAAAACACUUCUGGAAAUAGGAAAAAUAUUUUUUUAAAGUAAAAGAUCUUAAAAUGUAAAGACACUCAAAGAUUUUAGCUCAAUGCUGACCAUUAAUGAAACCCUGUUAAGAAAUACUGUUAUUUUACAAUCACUCAAUUACAUAAUCAGUCACAUUUGUGCAGAAGUCAUCGUUUGUCAUAUUAUUGCUUUUACUGGGUUGAACUGAGCCAGGAUAGGAUACAGUAGCAGGGAUGGUCUGAGACAUUUUAGACCCGGGAGACAGGAAAGAGACGCAACGAUCUUCCAUUAACACUUAUGCACUCGCCCUCACUGAGACACUCAGUCGUUGCACUUGGUCUUGUAUAUCUUACUGUGACUGUGUUCUACCUUUGAGAGCUCAGGUGCAGAGAGUCCUGCACCAGGUGGGAUCUGAAUGAGCUUGUGUCUCCAUUUGGCUGUAAACUGAAAGUGCACUUUAUUAGUGAUAAGCCUCGAUGCUUUAACAUGAAGAACCACAGUUUAAUACAAUCAUUUUGAGUUUUUUCUUCUGUUCAAUAAAAAGACUAUGAACAAA